GGCGGGGCCCAGGCUCCUAGCAGCAGAGCCACAGCCCCAACAGUUUCUUGAGUGAGGAAGAGGAAAGGAAGGCACAGAGGAUCCCUCACGCAGCCCAGCAGCCGGCUUCGCCACCACGCGAGGAGACCAUUCGGCCGCUGCAGUCAGCACUAACAGGAUCCAGGCUGCACACACUGUGAUCCCUUUGAACUAGGGCAGCCCGCGCUCACUGUUGCCCAGAUGGAAAUCCCACCCACCCACUAUGCGGCCUCCAGGGCCGCCUCGGUGGCUGAGAACUGCAUCAACUAUCAGCAGGGGACCCCGCACAAGGUGUUCCUGGUGCAGACAGUCCAGCAGGCCAGCAAGGAGGAUAUCCCAGGAAGAGGGCACAAGUACCACCUUAAAUUUUCUGUGGAAGAAAUUAUCCAAAAACAAGUUACAGUGAACUGCACAGCUGAAGUUCUUUACCCUCAAGCGGGACAAGGUGCGGCACCAGAGGUCAACUUCACAUUUGAAGGAGAAUCUGGCAAGAACCCAGAUGAAGAAGAUAACACAUUUUACCAGAGACUCAUGUCUCUGAAGGAACCACUACACGCACAGAACAUUCCAGACAGUUUUGGAAAUGUGUCUCCACAAAUGAAGCCAGUUCACCACUUAGCCUGGGUCGCCUGUGGUUAUAUAAUGUGGCAGAAUUCGACUGAAGACACAUGGUAUAAAAUGACAAAAAUUCAAACUGUCAAGCAAGUGCAAAGAAACGAUGACUUCAUUGAGUUAGACUACACCAUUCUACUCCAUGACAUUGCAUCACAGGAGAUUAUUCCUUGGCAAAUGCAAGUUCUGUGGCAUCCACAAUAUGGCACAAAAGUAAAGCACAACAGCCGACUCCCAAAGGAAGUGCAAGCAGAGUAAACAAAGACCCUAAUGCGGAGACGAAACAGAAACAUGCUCAUUAACGAUGUGUACGACUGUCCUCACUGGCAUCUCGCCUAAUAAGCCAGAUAAAUCCCACAGUGCCACUCUGUAUGUCUUGGCUACAGUACCGAGCUGCACAGGUUCCAUAAUAAAGAAUAUUACGAUAUAAGAAUGUCUCUCUAGCAGUAACAGAACUAUGUAUAUCCUCUAAUAAAAGUCCACUUCGGCCUCA